AUGCAAGUAAUUACGUCCGAUAAGAUAGGCCUACUCAAGUAUGUACAAUGCAGACCCAAGAGCUCCAUUUCUGAGCAAACGCUCCAGCCCGACUUGAGGAGAACAAUCAACCACGUGACGUGGUCUGGCGGAUACGGAGGAUAUGAAGAGUCACAAAUAACGCUAUGCAGAAAGAAUGGGCUAAUCGAAAGUUUUGACUUCCCGUGUGAUGAACCAAACCCGAAUAUCAGCAACACGUGCUUGCUAUCAUUUCUUAGUUGCAACAAUUGUAUUUACACAAGGAUGCUUAAUCACCACCAUAGUGUGAUAUACAAAGAUUUGCUCGAUAAAGAAAAAGAGAGAUAUACUAAUUAUGCUGAGUACAUGCCCCUCUAUACAAGUGAAAAUGUAAAAAAUGGAGUGUAUGAAAAUUAUCUGCAAAAUGAUAGACUUCUCCUCACCGUGAGUAAUGGCGGACAUGUACAUGUGCUAAAUUGGGACUGCGACAAUGAACGUAAUAAGUACCAUCUCAGUAAGGAAGAUGAAGUGAAACACGAAAAGGAUGCUACGAAAAAAAUGCAGCUUUAUUUUAAAAACUACAAAGACGAAGUAUUGCAGUGUAUCGAAUUCAAACAAAUUGAAGAAAAAAAUAGCCAUAACAAUGUCAUCAUAAAAAAAAACGAAUAUGCAAAUGUGAGAUUGGAAGACAUAUGCACAGAUUAUCACUUCGAUAAUAUGCUUUCCGAAUCAGCUAUCUGCCAGUCUUACAUCUUAAGUAACCCAAUUGAUGCUGCCUGUGUCAAUGAGGUACUAACAAACAGACUAGCCAUCGGGGGCUACAGAAAUUCUUUAAAAGUAUUUGAUUUAUUCACGGGCAGCUACAUUUGGAAAGCAAAAAACAUAGGAACUACUUUGCUAAAUUUAAAUUGCGAAAGUUUAAUAAAAUCUGUCAGCUUCUUAGACGACAUCAAUGUAAACAUACUGUCAGCCGCAACGUAUGAUCACAAAAUUGUUCUAUAUGAUAUGCGUUGCCAAGCAAAGCCGGUCUACGUUUAUGAUCACUACAAGAGGGGGAAUAUCAGUCAAAAUAAGUUUUCCUGUUUUGAUCAUAACUACUCGGAAAGCGACCUCGUGUUUACGUGUAUAAGCAGCAGCUCGCACGUGGGGUGUGAGGAAAAGGUGUCCAAGGGGGAGCCGCAGACCCAGGAGGGAGAAAUGGAGGGAACAAACGAACAAGGCAAAACGCGUAACGGAGAGGCAGACCAUAAAACAGAGGAACAUAAAACAGAUAAGGAACGACGCUCCCGCAAGUUGGCUCCCCAGCCACACUGCGCAGAGGAAGAACUCCACGCCAAAUUUAACGUCCACCAAGUGAAAGCCAACAAUUUAAAAAUGUAUGAAAAACUUCAGCAACAAAAACGAGGCGAGGAUGAAACAACAAUAGUAAACCCAAAUGGGGAAACACAGGAAAAAAGGGAUGCCAGUCCAUCCCCCCCGAAGAACCCAAGUGAAUCACAGUGCAACAAUUACUUCAUAAAAAAACUCGCCUCCAAGGACAGCCAAAUUAUCUUCGUCUCGGAUAACUACGGAAACGUCUACAAGUUUGAAGUCAUCACGGGGAACAAACUGCUACAAUAUAUUUAUAUAAAAAAAUGCGCACAGGAAAAAGUAACAUGUGAAGAAGAGAAGAAGGGAGACCCCUCCUUUUUACUUAAAAACAAACAAAGCUUGUACGAAUUUUACAAAGAAUAUCAAAGUAAUAACAAAACGCACAUGCGAAAUGACCUUCCUGUUAUGUGGGCCAAAGACAAUUUUGAUCAAUUCUUAAUUUUAUUUCUCAAUAAAUUUAAAAUCCAUAAUGGGGCCGUAUCUUCUCUAAGUUUACACAGGGGAGGGAUUUUCCUUUGUUCAGUCAGCUAUGACAGAUUUUUAAGCAUAUUCAAUUUAGAGAUGAAAAAGGUUGUUAAGAGAGUACAUGUCGGUCAUAUACUGACCAGCUGCUUGUUUCGGUCCCUUCCCAUUAAAGAGUCAGAACAUGAGUUGAAGAAUGGGUGCGGGCCCAAGGCAUCCAAGCGGCGAAAAUUGCUCCAUGGGUCCGGGGAAUCAGAGGACGAGCCAUCCAGCGAGUGCGAAAGUUGGCACGACUCCUCGAAUGAGUCCAACGAGGGUGUAAGCAAAAGGGAGAAACGCCGUCAGGGGGAGGAUGAUAAUGAGGAAGAGGAGGGUGACGAGGAUGAAGAGGAGGGUGACGAGGAGGAAGAGGAGGGUGACGAGGAGGAAGAGGAGGGUGACGAGGAGGAAGAGGAGGAUGAUAAUGACGAUGAUGAGGAUGACGAGGAUGAAGAGGAGGAUGAUAACGACGAAGAGGAGGAUGAUAAUAACGAAGAUGACAAUGAUGAGGAUGACGAGGAGGAUCAGGAUGACGAUAACAACGACAAUGACUAUGAUAACGGAGAUGACGAUGGCGAAUAA